AUGGCCAUCGGGCCCGGUGGCCUCCUGCUGUUCCUGACCUUGCACGGGUGCGGCAGACCCCAGGUUUCUGAAGGCGGGAGCCGCAUCGUAGGGGGUCAUGCAGCUCGGCCUGGGGCGUGGCCAUGGCAGACCAGCCUACGCCUGAGGAAGGUGAACGUGUGCGGAGGGACCCUGCUGAGUCCCCAGUGGGUACUGACCGCUGCUCACUGCUUCUCAGGGUCCCUGAACUCAUCUGACUACCAGGUGUACCUGGGGGAGCUGAGGAUCACUCUGUCCUCCCGAUUCUCCACUGUGAAGCAGACUGUCCUCUAUUCUGACCACCCGGGGCCACCAGGCACCAGUGGAGAUAUUGCCCUGGUGCAGCUCAGUACCCCCGUGCAUCUCUCCCCCUGGAUCCUGCCCAUCUGCCUUCCUGAAGCCUCAACAAGUUUCCAGCCUGGGACUCGGUGCUGGGUGACUGGCUGGGGCUACACCCAGGAAGAAGAGCCUCUGCUACCACCGUACAACCUGCAGGAGGUGGAAGUCUCUAUCGUGGACACAGAUGCCUGCCGACAGGACUACAUCAGUGAGGACGGCUCCAUCCUACCAGAUAUGCUGUGUGCCCAAGGCCCUGGGGAUGCCUGUCAGGACGACUCCGGAGGGCCUCUGGUCUGUCAGGUCGAUGGCACCUGGCUGCAGGCAGGUGUAGUGAGUUGGGGCGCAGGCUGUGGUCGCCCUAACCGGCCAGGCGUCUACACCUUCAUCCCUGCCUACAUCAACUGGAUCCACCUCUAUGUCCCUCCCUCAGCUGCUCAGGGCUCAGAGCUGGUUCCACCGCAGUUCCUGGCCAGCUUCUUCCUCUUAGGACUCUUCCUCCUCGUCAUCUCCUGUGUGCUGGUGGCCAAGCGCUCUCUCCACAGACCCCUCUUCCUAUCCCCAUCUUCUGAUCUUUGA